AUAACAGAAACACAAUGAACGAAAGCUAUCAGUGUUUCAAUGAAUUUCACUAAACGAGGAAUCAACGAAAACAAAAAAUAGUUAAACAAAUUGCAGUUCAAAACCUGGUGACAAUGGCAAAAGUACUAAUUUUCGGCAUUAUUGUGGCUCAGCUGGCUUUGGUACGAGCAGAUUCUAAUGCUUGCCCAAGAUUUUGUAAAUGCGAUUUAUAUCUCAAUUUAAAUAGGGCUCAAUGUAGCUCUAAAAAACUUAUAAGUGCUGAAAUUGAUGCCCCCAAAUAUGUGCAAAUUCUGGACUUAAGCUACAAUGAAAUUGCCGCUAUAGAAAACACAUCAUUGCAGAAAUAUUCUCACCUCAAAUAUCUCAAUCUCUCCCACAAUGCAAUUCAAGCCUUGGAUUUGUAUUCUUUUUCCCAUCUUGGGCGCCUCAUGGAACUAGAUCUCUCCUACAAUCGUCUCGAGUAUAUGGAUGAGCGUUUAUACGAAAGGAAUCGUCUGUUGACUAAACUCAACCUAGAGGGCAAUAAAUUCACGACCUUGUCCACCAAACCUUUGUUGAAGAGCUCUUCGCUGACGGCAAUCAAUUUGAGAAAUUCGCAAUUGAUUUACAUUCAUGAGUCCAUGUUCUCAGCCUUGCCCAAUCUGAGAGAACUGGACCUAUCACAAAAUCUUUUGAAUAGCUUCAAUGCCAAUGAUUUCAUAGGCUUUCGGCAUUUGCAGAGAGUAAAUCUAUCUCACAAUCCUUUUAAAUGUAGUCAACAGAUUCGGGAGAAUUUAGAUUUGCUGAAAAGCCAAGGCAUAACUGUUGUGGUAGAACAAUGCCAGUUGGAGUCAACGGAAAUCAUUAGCCCCAUUGAGUCUUUGGGUAACAAUGAAAAAUACCAAAAAAUGAUAAUGGCACCUGCUAUGGGAAAAAGAGUGGAGCAAGAAGAUGAUGAAGAAUCUAAUCUUUUAAAGCAAUGGCAUUUGACUCUGGACAGUGAAGAAGACAUCGACCAAGACGAACACUUGGAUCUUGACUCAUCUGAGGCUGAGGAUGGAUAUCUGGCCAGCAGUGAAUGGCUACGUUUUGCCCCGGAUGAGGUGCUCUGUGAAGCACAAAAGUUUCGACUUUGUCAAAGUUAUAGGCACUGCCUUGUCGAGCUCAACACUGCCCGACAUGAAAAACGAGCUUUGGAUGCGUUUACCUCCAAUGAGGCGAAAUUUUCCUUCUUUCUGGGAGCAGCAUGUGGUAUAGCUCUCAUUAUAAGCAUUUUAAGCUGUGCUUUAUGCGUGAAAAGUUCUUGCAAGACCCACAUAAGGGCACACCGCCCUGAUAUUGCCAAUCAAGAACUUGACGAUUUCACCUCUCAACCUAUGGCGCGCCAGCAAUUGCCUCCUGCUAGCCGUAGGCAGCCCCACCGACGAGCCCCUAAUCCCCCUGCUCGUCCUGCUUUGGUGCGCUACGAAGGACCUGUAGGUGAAAAUUUCCUUUCACGACUAUUUGGUCGUCCUGCCAGACGCCAAUAUUAUAGAAGCAUCAAUCAAAAUACGGCCACUCUAAUAAGACGUUUAAGUCGCAGCAAUUUGUUCAACAACCGUUUGAGCCAACAUCUUGCGGAUCGUCAGAAUUCCAGAGAGGCCUCUAGCCCAGAGCCUCAGGAAUAUAACCCAUCAGCACCGAGACCUGAAACUCCCCCACCUUGCUAUGGAGAUUGCGUGGUGGAUGUUAAGUAGUUGUUCGAUAUUUCGAAGAGUUAAGAAAAAAACAUUAUCUCAAACAUUUCCGAGAGGGUUAAAAUUUAACAAAAAAACGAGACUGUAGCUUAAAAUUAUACAACUGCCUUUUUAUGUAAAAUAAAAAAAAAAAUUUACCCUCAUAACUUCAUAAAUUAAUGUAAAGUACGCAAUAUGUGGAAGGGUGGAAAAUCAAAGUCUGCCAUGUAUUCUAUAAAAAAAUAGUCUAAAAACCUAUGUCAA